AUGGAGGAUUAUUUUCCAGUUGUUCCUAUACAAGAUCAACCACGUACACCUCCACAUCGAAUCGUUUCAUCAAGUGUGGCCCCUUUGAUCCAAGAGCGACAAGGAAUUACACAUUCAGGAGUUCUCGAUUCGUAUAGUAAGCGAGAAGAUGUUAACAUUGACUAUGAUCUUAAUGAAGAUAACUACCUAAGAAAUGAUUCGCAGGAUACAAUGGAGGAAAACCGCAUAGUCAAAAAAAUAAAAUGUAUAAAGUAUCAUCUUUUUAAUUACCGGGUAAUCAAUCUUUCAGAACGAGAUGCUUCAAAUCCCGUUAAUAAGUUGACAGCGUCCGAUAAGCGCAUGUUAAAAGAGAUAUGGAACUCGCUAGAACUUUCACAAGAAGUAAAAACAAUCCGUCAAGAUAAAUGGGACAAAGUUUUACAUCCUCUCUUAAAAAAAUAUCAUAAUCAUUUUGAGGGUAAAUCGGUAUUUGAUGUAAUCAAUUUGGACAGUACUAUUAAGGAUGUUCUCGCAGAGCCAUAUACAGGCACCUUUAUACAUAAAGAACACUUCGACCUAUUAUGGAUCCAAGACAUACAUAAGCGUUUGUAA